AUGGUCACAGUAUCAUCAGGUAAGACAUCGUUUAAAAAAAAAUAAUGUAUGCAGUUAAAUUUAUAAGGUUUGUAGAUAAAUCAUUGUUUUAUGGAGGAACGUUGAAAUUAUAACUUGGAUACUGUUGUUAGUGUAGCACACCUAGGUAGGGCAGUAUUGCUUGGUCAUCUCCUCACAUACUUCUUUCACUGUUUGUGAUUGGUGUUUAAUUGGUUAAUUAUGUAGGCUUUGCUUUAAGUCGAAAUUGACCCUAUGAAAAUGAAAAUAUAGGAGUCAAACACAUAAACCAAUUAAAGGGUAUGAUAAAAUGAGCAGAGUUCAUCUUAGCCCAUAUUGAAUUGAGUGUUAAUUGGCAUCACCUUAAUCCAUAUAAAUCAUUUAAUUAAAAUGAUUUCAAUUAAUUGGUAUUAGAGGAACAGCAUGUUAUAUUUUAUGGUUGUUUUCACUGGUAAAUGUGUCUGCAAUUGAAUGUGUUAAUAUGUACUUAAUUGUGCCUUCCUGAAUGAUACCUUUUCUAAAAUGUUUUUUCUACUCUACUAAGCCAGUUACUUAAUGUUCGAAUUAUUCACUUUUAUUAAUUCUUAUUGUUGUUGCAUUGUUGAGAAGGAACCUGCAAGUAAGCAUUACGUUAGACGGUGCAUACCAUGUGUAUCCUGUACAUACGACUAAUAAAAUAUUAAACUUAGAGAUAGUUAUACCUCAAAGAAUACAAGACAACCAACUACAUGGAACUAAAUGGUGCCUUAUAGGGGCGGCAGGUAGCUUAGUGGUUAAGAGCGUUGUGCCAGUAACCGAAAGGUCGCUGGUUCUAAUCCCUGAGCUGACUAGGUGAAAAAUCUGUCGAUGUGCCCUUGAGCAAGGCACUUAAACCUAAUUGCUCAUGUAAGUCGCUCUGGAUAAGAGCAUCUGCUAAAUGACUAAAAUGUAAAUAUAGUGCAAGAUUAAAUGAACAAUUAGUUCUUAGGUUAUAACUGUGUAAUGACCAUUUUACCAUGGUAAUUCCUAGUAGUUACCAGGUCAUUUCUGUACAUUCAAAUUAAGUUUUACCUUUCUUUCUUUCUUUCUUUCUUUCUUUCUUUCUUUCUUUCUUUCUUUCUUUCUUUCUUUCUUUCUUUCUUUCUUUCUUUCUUUCUUUCUUUCUUUCUUUCUUUCUUUCUUUCUUUCUUUCUUGCUUUCUUUCUUGCUUUCUUUCUUUCUUUCUUGCUUUCUUUCUUGCAGCAACCACAGCCCCCACUACUCUGCUCACUCUUAUGAACUGUGGAACCCCUACUAACAACGUCUACAGCAUCGGUUGUGUCGCUACCGGGUUUUCGCCUUCCUCACUCACCUUCAAAUGGACAGACGCCAGCGGGAGUGCGCUGACGGACUUCAUCCAGUACCCGGCGGUCCAGAGCGGGGAAACCUACACAGGAGUCAGUCAGCUCCGCGUGGAUGAGAAUGUCUGGAAAACCUCAACGACUUUCAAAUGUUCCGUGGAACAUCCUGGAGGUAAAAAGACAGCAGACAUCAAUAAACCAGGUAAGAUGUGGUCAUUAUAUUAUAUUGAAGUUGGCUCUAUUUUUCUAAAGAUUGCAUUUUAAUGUUUGUGAUGUAAACUAUUUAUGUUUAGAAAACCUGAUUAUACCUUUAGAAUGAUGCUUGGUGUUUAUCCUGGAUGUCUUUGAAAAUAUCAGUAUUAUUUCAAUAAGGGGUUAAACUAACAUGUGCCCAUGUCUUUUCUCUCAGUCUCAGUGUCUUUGCUGUCGGCGCCCAUUGGAACCACCCAGUACCUGAUGUGUAUGAUUGAAAAUUUCGCCACCAAGGAAGUCACUGUCACCUGGAAGAAGAAUGACACGGAGGUGGAGGGCCUGACCACUACUGUAGGACAACAGCAGUCAGGCCUCUUCUCAGCCAGCAGUCUGCUGAAGGUCAUCAACACUGACUGGAACAACAAGGUCCAGUACAGCUGUAUGGUGCAGCACCAGAAACAAACCAUCACCAAGACGAUCUCCAAAACAGGUCUGUACAUAGGAGUAGACUGUACUACAAUUGAUGUCAUGCACACAUACAGGAUCUCUAUUAUUUAGUGAAGUUCCUCAUCAGUAACAUUAACAUGUCAUGCUUUCCCACUGCUUCCUUCCCCUUUCAGAACCACUGACGGUGACUCUGAACCCACCGAGUGUGAAAAAGGUGUUCUCGGACAACCAAGCAGUGCUGGACUGUGUCAUCACUCGUACAGACCAGGACACAGUGUCUGGUACCACUAUCAUCUGGCAGGUCAAUGGACAGGCCAAGAUGAAAGGCAUCAUUCUGAAACCUAUUGAAUCAAAGGGCAACCUGAACAGCAAGGUCAGCACUCUGACCAUAGACCAGCCAGAGUGGACAAAUGUGAACAAAGUCCAGUGUUCUGUCACGAAGAGUGGUGAAGUCACACCGGUCAUUCAGGACCUCAGCUUCACCAAAGAAAGUAGGUCACUGAGACUUCUCAAUGUGGUUGUGAUAAGUGGUCACAUACUCCAGGUUCUGGAGAGGAAGCCACAGGAUGUGCAGACUUUUGCUCCAGCCUAGCGCUAACACACCUGAGUCAGAAAAUCAACUAAUCAUUAACUAAUCAUUAACGCUUAUUUGCUUACUUGAAUCAGGUAUGUUAGUGCUGGGCUAGAACAGAAACCUGCACACCCCUGUGGUGCUCCAGAACCAGGGUUAAGGACCACUAUGUUGGAUUUUAAACUGAUAUUCAAAUACUGGUUUUCAUAGGUGCCUACACAUACAUGAGUGUAACGUUUCUCCUUAAAAUCAAUCCUCUUGCAGGUCGAGCCCCUUCAGUGUCCGUCCACCUUCUCCCGAAGGAAGACACCGAGAAGGAGGAGAACGUGACUCUGGUGUGCCUGGUGGUCAGCCCGUCUCUCUGUGACGUCUACAUCAUGUGGAAGGUGGGCAGCGGCGAGUACCAGGAGGGGGUCACCAGCCCUCCUCAGAAAACCCCGAAAGGCAACUACUCUGUCACCAGCGUCUUCACCACCACCAAGGAUAAGUGGGAGACAAACGUGCUUUUCACAUGCGCCGUCAAGUACGCCGGCUCGGACAACAACACCGCACCUAAGGAGAGGAGUGUGUCGAACUCCAUGGGUAACUCAUGUGAAGACAAGUGA